CUGCGCAGGUCACAGCUGUCUAAACAUGGAGGUUGGCCGAAGCGUUUAUCUACAACGGUUUUGAUCGUACGUAAUAGCCCCUUUGGAUCGAAGUAACCAACCAGAAUUCGCUACCAAAGGUUAUCACAUUUGACAGUUUAUCAUUCUUUGUUGUUCGAUCGCUUGUUGAUUGUAGAAUGACGAUGGAAAACAUGGGUGAACUAACCGAUCAACAAAUUAACGAUUCUUCGACAACACCGAUCACUUCUAGUCAGAACGCGAGCGAAGAAGAGUUCACUCCAGUGACACCUAAGCAAGAGUUUGUGGAUCCUUGUAGUGUUGAUAGUGCUAGUGUUAGUCCAGGUGUAGCCGAGUCAACACCUAGUGGGGAACUACCCAGUGCGGAAUUAACCAGUGGUGAGAUAGACUCUCCAACAAUAACUCGUGCGGACAUUGUGUCAGUGAUACCAGUGAGUAUGAUUGAUACUCACGAGUUCAGAUCUCAGAUGAUUGGAGUUGGGGACCUUCAGUACCAGACCUUGUCAAAUGGCAGGAUUAGUCCGGGGUACAGCCCGAACUCAUAUGCUACACUCACACCACUACAACCUCUGCCUCCCAUCUCAACUGUGUCGGAUAAAUUUCUACAAAAUCAGACAAAUAAUUUCCAGCUCGGAAGUCCAGUUAAUAAUUUAAAUGGAAUACAAAUGGAAAAUAUCAUGAAUAUAAACUCUUACAGUUAUGAAAAAAUGAUGACACCAGUGUCACUACCAAUCACUAUGAUGGGUCAGAUGAACGGAUAUUCAAAUCAGUCAGUUGGAUACACAUACAAUGUUGUGGGACAAAAUGGACUGCCAUCUCCUAAAUCAGAAAUGAAACCAAUACUUUCACCAAAUCAUUCUACAGGCUAUGAUCCAUACCAAGUUCAGAACACACAAGUCCCGUCCCGCAUGCAAUCACCGAUGAAAAUUAAACAGUGUGACUCCCCGAUUCCUAUGAUGCAGGGUUCAAAUGGCCUCCACCUUAGUCCAUCAACGGGCAUGGAAAGCACCUCUCCUCACAGCAUGCAUAGUGGUAGUCCUCAACAUCAGGGUAUGGACCAAAAUGGGAAAGAGGUUGAAGAAAUUAAUACGAAGGAGCUGGCCCAGAGAAUAAGCAGCGAAUUAAAAAGAUACAGUAUACCACAGGCAGUGUUUGCCCAGCGAGUUUUAUGUCGCAGUCAGGGCACAUUGAGUGACUUGCUGAGAAAUCCAAAACCAUGGAGUAAGCUGAAAUCAGGUCGUGAAACAUUCAGGCGGAUGUGGAAGUGGCUGCAAGAACCAGAGUUCCAGCGGAUGUCUGCCCUGCGUUUGGCAGGUAAUCAAGCAUGUUUGCAGCCGACUGAGGCAGAGGGAGCAGGUGAGGACUACAUGCCAUACAAUCGCUGGAACAAUGAUGCUGGAUCUUACUCAAAUGAAGUUCAAGUAAAAUAUGAGCCUGUUGAAGUGAAAUAUGAAAUAGACAGCCCCGCCAGCCCCAGUACCUCUGUGGUCUCAAAUGGAUCUUCACGAUCGAUGAUGGUGUUCCACGCGGACACGGGUGAAGUAGUCUUACAUAUAGCAGUCAAGCGAAAAGAGUCGGAGAUUUCUACACAGGAGAACCGGGGCCCAAAAAAGCCAAGACUUGUGUUUACUGACAUUCAGAGAAGAACCCUGCAUGCAAUAUUUAAGGAGACAAAACGGCCUUCAAAAGAAAUGCAAGCCACCAUUGCCCAACAACUGGGCCUGGAAGUCACAACUGUUGCAAACUUUUUCAUGAAUGCACGUAGAAGAUCGGUAGAUAAGUGGCGAGACGACAACGGCAAUGAUAAUCGGGACAGUGCACCAACGGGGAUGCCCAAGAGUUGAAACUCUACUCCUGGGCUCGCCCAUUACAGACUCGUGUAGAAUAUCGUUGUUGUAACGUGUACUAUAUACAAUACAACAGGUGUACCAGUUCUAAGUGUGUUCUUGUGAAUACAGAAGAUCGCAGCAGUCGUGAUAGACUUCGUAUGAAGACGCGUGCAUGGUCAGGGUUUUAUCGGAGUGUUCACUAGAGACUUAGGGAGUGUUCUGAUGUCAUCUCACACAACCAUGUGUAUAAUUGAUGUACAAUGAAUGUCAUUUUGGCAUCAUACGCUGCCGUAUAUAUGUGAGAGAACUUAGUUGCAUAUAACCAGACUUUUAGACUGAGUCUCAUUUUAACUAUCCAUACAUUCAUGGUCUUAAUGUUAUGUUCUAUGUGGUGUACAUAUAUUUAUGUAACAUUCCUUAAAUUUACUGAUGUUAUGUAGUGUAAAUUUUAUUUAGGUGUGGUUCUUGUUUUAGAAUCCUGGGUUGAUUCUAAGCUCAAUGCUGUAGAAAAAUUAGUUGAUGAUCUAUUUAUUUCACAUGUUAAUUUUGAUUUGUUUUACAUUUUACCUGUUCGAUAGUCGUGUGACUCCCCACACAAUAUGACUUGCAAGGUUUUAAAUCUUUACAUGUGCUGAAAAAGAUCUGACUUUCAUGAUUCUGAUGUAGAAUUCCUAUUUUAUAUUCUUUUUAUUUUUUUUCUUUCAGGUUUCAUUUACUUCUGCCAUAAUAUAAUGUCUAAGCCAUUUCUCAGAAAUCCAGGCUUUAUUAAAUGUUUACAUUUGAAAUCCAUUGUAUCAGCUUUGAAACUUACAGCAUCUGUACAUUACUUCUGUAGUUGAGUACCUUCACAAACAGUGAUGCAUUCCAUGACAUAAAUACAGCAUUCCAUGUGACUUGACAAAAGCAGCAUGCAGAUCACUACCCUCAUGUCUGUCCAACCAACACUUUCCAUAAUCCUUUCCUCUACUGCAGUCUACAGGUGCAGCCUAGAUCUUUUGGCGACUUAUUGCCAGUAUAUGACCGAGUAUGUCUGUUGAGACGACGAGUCCCAUAUGGUAGUGUCCCUGCAGUCAAGUAUUACAGCUAGUAUUCACCUCUGUCUCAGAAGCAUGACCACCUCCACCUGCUUUAGUAUUGAAAUGGUUCCAUUUAUUAUUAGAGAUUUAUAUGGUUUCAUUGUAUUUUGAUUUGUUUUGUUUGCUUCUUGAGUGUACAAUGUUAAGGGUUUUGAUAGAAUUUCACCUCAAGUAUUGUGUUGAACACAUUAUUAAGUCAAUCAUGUAUAAGUUAAACAUUCCAAGAGAAUAACCAGUAGUGUUGGAGGUAACAAAGUUGGUUUACCUGGUGCAAUAUGGAAGCAUUAUGGUAUUCAUCAUUUAAGACGUUACACGCUUUGUUGUUGUUGAUGAUAUGUUGUUGUUUAAAUGUUUAAGAUUUCAUUUACCACAUCAUGAAUUGUGAAUAUAGCACAUUUCGAUACAUGUAAAUUUUGCAGGUGAUUGUACAUAAAUAGGCAUUUUAUAUGAAACUUUUAUGUUGUGAACAAUGUGUUGUAUACAUUAAUUACAUUAAUUCAAUAUUUUCAAUUUUAUUGCAUACCAGAAUGUACAGGUUUUCAUAGAAAUCCUUUGUGUACAUUUGCACACGAACUGUGCAGUUUACUAACCUGAAGAUUCGUUUCGUAUUUCUCCUUUUUAAGUGCUUUUAGAUUUUUGGUAUUUCUGAUAAAUUCUGAUUGAUUCUAUGAAACAACUCGAAAGGAAAACUGGACAAUCUAAUGCACACAAAAAGCCAUCAUUCAUAUGUUUAGGGUUUCAACUACACUAUGAUAAUGACUAAUACGAUCAGCUUUCUUCCUUGAUAUCAAGUUCGGUUAUUCAAAAGAUUUUGUAAAUACAUAAACAUUUUAGCGUUGUGAACAGACAUUGUGCUUGCAUUUUGUUUAUUAUGGUUUAUUUAUAAAUAUCAUAUAUAAAAGCAUAUCAUUUGUGUUUUGCUAGUGAUUUUGUAGAAUCUCUUAUUUGUGCUGUAUGGGUUGUGAAAUGAAGAAUUUAGAAAUUCUCUUUAUUUUUUUCAAAAAACUUCACUUCUAUAAAUAUAAAAGGUUUUUAAAGAUACACUCAAAAUACUGUACCAAGUUCUUAAUUUCACAACCACAUGAAUUUGAUACUGUUUUAUAGAGCUAUGGAUUCUAACACUCGGAACGGGUUUCCCCUGUAUCAUUUGGUGGGGUUACUUGCAGAAGGUACAAAGCAACAUUACAAUAUAGGAGGUGUUGGCACCUUCCUGCAUUAACCCCAGUAUUUCUGGAUCAUGACAUUGUUCUUAAACUUGCAAUAUUCAUUAUCACAUUUCUUUUAUUUAGAACAAGGCAUAAUAGUCUGAAAAUCUAUCCAACUUGAAUGAGCUUUAGCUGCAGUCAUAAUAUAACGCUUCUCGGCUCUGUGUGAGCUUCUUAUGGUUUCUUUUAUGGUGUUUAUACCUGUUAUGAAGAUCUGAGUCAGAACAAUCCGCCCUUUUUGUUUUGUUAUGUUUUUUAUGUUUGCUGGACAUGUGUAGGUGAUUUUAGAGACGCAUUCUUACUCUCAUCAUUAUUUUACUGGAUGAAUGGCACUUGCAUUAUUCAUGACUGUAUUUUGUGUACAUUUAUUUAUUUUAUUUAUUUAUUUUCUCGUACAGAGAGGCUCAUUAUUGACAGUGAUAAGUAAACAACAUAUGGAACACAGAUCAGUUUCCUUAGUUUCCUCUUCAUUUCAUUCAUUGUCGUUGUCAAACCUACGUUAGUGGUAAAAAUCAGUAAUAAAUUUGUUCUAAGAUUUUGGCUUCUUUUGUUCAUUAUUAUUAAUAGGAAGAGAGUUGAGAUUUGCAAUUAUGGUCCCAUUCUUGUCUUUUGAUACUAGUAUACAUACAUACUUUUAUUCUUGUUUUUAACUUACUGCUGGGACCAAUAUUUUCACAUGUGCCGACAUAAUAUGGACCAUUACUUGGACAUUCUCAUGAAAACAUUAUUAUGUGAUCACUUCUUGUGUGUACCUAGUCAGUGGUCAGAGAGGGUUGGCACGCCGGACACUGGUGGAAGAUGCUGCUUUGUUAUUUGCACAUUUCAAUUUUCUGUAAUUUUCAUUCUACUUUAAAGACUUUACGAACUUGGUAGUGAAGUUAAUGUUAAUUUUUAUAAAUCGUUCAACAACUAUGGAAGACAAUUUUAUUUCUUUAAAAUAGCAGCAUAUGCCAACCCUUUUCUGCAAGCUCAUCAAGUAAAGAAAUAACCAUAUUUCACAUGAGUCUGCGGAUGAGAAAAGUCCAAUGGUUUGAAGAAGGUGAUUCUGUGUGUGAAGUAUGGGUAUUUUUAUGCUGUCAUUAAUGUAGAGACUGUCCAUACCUUGUGCAAUAUCUAUUUAUAUGUACAUGUUUCAUUUGUAUAGUUGUGUUUACUUUUGGGAAUGGAAUAUUACAGUAAGGAGGGAAGUGUGUUUAAAGUUUUCUAUCUCAUAAAGACAUUUUAGCAUAUUUUAACAUGUUUCACUUACAUUUUUUCAUUCAUUAAAUUCAUGUUCAUGAUAUUUGGCAAUUGACAAUUUGCAUACUUUAGAUACCUGCCAAUUAAUUAUUAAAAAAUAUAUUCUGGUUACUUACAUCAAUAACACUGGUAAAAAGCAUGUGAAAUGUGCUGGAAUGUUACAUAGUCCUGUAAUAUUGUAGAUGACUAAUUUACUCCACAUAGAUGAGUGUUUUUUUCACUUUGGGUUGAAUUUCAUGUUACACACUUUAUAACUUUGGUUUUGUUUACAUGUAAAAGGGUAAUAUUGCUAUGUUAUAUAUUGUCCUGAUUAAUCUUAUUUACCAGUGUUCUGGUUACUGAAAUUUCUCUUUCUAGAGGAACAUAGAUUUACUAACAUGAAACUUGUAGAUAAUAGAAUGUCAUUUGGAUGUUUUUGAUAACGUAUUCAACAAAACUUUGAACAUGUUAUAUUGCUAUGACAAAAAUGUCAUUUCAGGUGUUAUUAUUGUAGUAGUUCUAGAUUAUGCAAAGGUACUAUUCUGAAAUGUCAGAUAGAAUUUCCUAAUUUAAAAUUUCAUUAUAAAAUUAAAUCAUUGUUUAUUACUUGAUGGAGAAUCCUACAUAGCUUGUAGUUAACCAGGAAACAUUCUGUCUGACAGCCUAGAUUACUGACCUUGUGAUUGCUUCAGUUUGGGAUUUUCUUAACAUUUGUGUGGAAACAGUCUUCUCUUGUUUACUCUAUGAACAAAUCACUUCUGUGACAUUUGUCUCCUUCAUUAACAUUGACUUAGUAUUCAUGUAUGUGUACAAUAAACUAUCUUGAUAUA